CCAUAAACACAUAGUUCUUCUUCAUUCUCAGUGAUGGAUAUCUUCCGCAUCCUUUCCCGUGGAGCUUCACUCAAGAAAAGCAAAGACGUCACAACAGACUAUGCGCUCCCUUCAGCUAAGCAGCAGCAGUAUGAACAGCAUAAGGAAGAUACCUUACAACACCAAGUAGACAAAGAAAUUGACUUCUUCCACACGAAAAAACACAACUCGAGUAAGAGCUUUGACUCAACAGAUUCAAAACACACAAAGGAAGAAAAGAAAGAAAAGAAAGAAGAUGAAGAAGCUCCACCUUUAGAGAUCCAAACUGUAGAAGACUCCAUAAAGCUCAGGAAAGCCAACCAUUCUAAAGUCACAGGUGAAGACAUUCCGCUCCCUAUUGGCUCAUUCCAAGAUAUGAUUGGACGAUUCCGUCUCGACAGCAAGCUCUUGUCGAAUUUGCUCGAAGCAGAAUUUGUAGAACCUACAGCCAUCCAAUGUGAAUCGCUUCCCAUCUCAUUAUCUGGCAGAGACUUGAUCGCAUGUGCCCCUACUGGUUCCGGUAAAACCCUUGCAUUUUUAAUCCCACUUAUCCAGAGCUUACUUGUCAGCUCCAAGGGGCGUCCCAAAAAUUAUGGUAUCACAGGAUUGGUGAUAUCUCCUACAAAUGAAUUGGCUAUUCAGAUCUUUCAGGAAUUGCAGAUUUUGACCAGAGGAAAGAAAUUGAAUGUAGCCAUCUUGUCAAAACAGUUGGCUAACAAGCUCAACAAUGAUAUCGUCAAGGCAUCUAAAUACGACAUCAUUGUAUCUACACCAUUGAGACUCAUUGAUAUAGUCAAAAAUGAGAAAGUUGAUUUGUCCAAAGUAGAGCAACUUGUUAUUGAUGAAGCAGAUAAGUUGUUCGACCAAGGAUUUGUAGAACAAACUGAUGAUAUCUUAUCCCAUUGCACAUACACCAAAAUAAGAAAGUCAAUGUUUUCAGCCACAAUUCCUUCUGGAGUAGAAGAAAUGGCCCACUCCAUCAUGAGAGAUCCUAUCAGAGUCAUCAUUGGACGUAAAGAAGCUGCCAGUAACACAAUUGACCAAAAGUUGGUAUUCACCGGUAGUGAAGAAGGGAAGUUGCUCGCUAUCAGACAAAUGAUUCAGGAGGGAGAAUUUAAGCCCCCCAUCAUCAUCUUCUUGCAAUCGAUCCACAGAGCAAAGGCAUUGUUCCAUGAGUUAUUGUAUGAUAAGUUGAACGUAGACGUGAUCCAUGCUGAAAGAACACCAAAGCAAAGAGAAGAAGUAAUUAAACGGUUCAAGAAUGGAGACAUCUGGGUGUUGAUUACUACUGAUGUACUUGCCAGAGGUGUAGAUUUCAAGGGAGUGAAUAUGGUCAUCAACUACGACGUUCCACAGACUGCACAAGCUUAUGUGCAUAGAAUUGGUAGAACGGGUAGAGGUGGUAAAGCAGGUAGGGCUGUGACAUUUUUCACCAAGGAAGAUGACCAGGCUGUCAAGCCCAUAAUCAAUGUCAUGAAGCAAUCAGGCUGUGAAGCAGGUUUCAGUGGAUGGAUGGAGAAUAUGACAAAGAUGUCUAAGAACGAAAAGAAGAAAGUGAAGCACAAGGAAAUUGACAGAAAGGACAUCAGUACAGUUCCCAAAUUGGUGAAACAUAAGAGAAAACAGAGAGAACAGAUGAUAGAGGCUUCGAAGAAGAGAAAACAAGAAGAGACAAGAAAUGCAUUACAAUAGUACCAUAGACAAUUUACAUAGUAUACGAUUAAUAAUACAAAAGAAUUUCU